AUGAAUGCGUUAUGUACAUUUCAUAUGAUUCAGAGCGCCACGAGUUUGGCACUAAUCUUCAUAGCUGGAAGUCUGUUGUUCGUCGUCACCAAGGUUACGGGACAGAAACGCCCAAUAAAUUGCAGACGAUAUCGUGAUCGUGAUGGUCAAUACCAAAUUACCAGAGAUGACAACAGUGUGUAUUGCAUGCAGCAGAAUCUGUAUCUGUCUGCCUUAAGCUCGUCCUCUGAUAAACCAGGCCCUGCGUACGUUCGGGCUCUCUUGGAUCUAGCCUUGUCUAGGUGUGGGGACUAUCGUCCCGGAAACAAAUCACCCAAGUCCAUACAGGACAAAUGCAAGAAGAAGAAGUGCCACAAAGAAAAUGUAUACAGAAACCGACAAAAAAGGAGAAAGAUCAUUCUUCCAUCUGAAAGGAAGACAGCAAGAAAACACAAAUGUAGUUGGGAACGAAAAGAAGUUCGAAUGAUGUCAAAUUCCGAGUGGAAACGAUUUACCAACCGACUCAAUAUUCUGAAGAGACCGAUCAGACUUUCAAAUGGAGGUUCCUUCAUCCCAUAUGAUAUAUUAUCCGAUCUUCACAGAGACAACCCUAACCUGCGUGCAGCACAUGGCGGUCCUAACUUCCUCGGCUGGCAUAGAAUAUAUCUCCUUAUAAUGGAGGCAGCCCUUGGAGUUCCCAUACCCUAUUGGGACAGUCGAUUGGACUACAACAUGAAACAACCCACGGAUUCCAUGCUCUGGACUGAUGAGUUUUUCGGUCCCGGAUUCGGAGUCGUGGACUCGGGACCAUUCGCGGAGUGGAUAACGGCGGACAAUAUUUCAAUUGUUCGGAACAUCGGAAGUAGCGGCAGUCUCAUUAGUGAAUCCAUGGUUAAUAACAUAUUACGUCAUAAGAAACACGAACCCAUUGUGGAGCCUUUGAAGGGAGAUGAUGUAUCGUUAGAACGGAUUCAUGGCGGCCCCCACAACUGGGUGGAUGGACAACUUUCUUCCAUAGAAACAGCGCCCCAGGACCCUGUCUUUUUCCUUCAUCACAGCUUCGUUGAUUAUUUUUGGCAGCUUUUUAGAAAUAAAAUGCGAAAAACCGGGAAGAUAAAUCCUGCCAAGGAUUAUCCCAAUAAGGGACCAAAAUUACAGAAGCGCAAAGCUAAUAUGAUUCCGUUUGGUGAUAUCCGUAACAUUGAAGGGUACGGCGAUUUCAUUGAGAGUCUAACUCGUUACCAAGAAUCGCCAAAGUGUCCUGUUUGUGGUAGAAGCAAGCAUUUGGAAUGCGAUAAAACCACUUAUCUAUGCAAGUCGAAAGCAAGGCCAGGAGUCUACACAGAUGUAGGUGGUCGGGGUUCUUCAAGCCGUGCGCGACCAAAAUGGCCACUUUACCUUGGUACAAAGUUCCUAACCGCUCAUACUGAUACAAGAACACGAGGAGAUGUUUUGAGAUUUUUACCGUUGAGGAGAAGACCACUCCUUGUGUAG